AGGGCUGCUGGCGGCUCCCGGCAGCCCAGACUCCGCAGCGGAGCCCCGGGGCUUCGGCAGCUACCUCGGAGCUCCCGGGCGGACUCAGCUCAGCCGCCUGGAACCAGCCGCGCCUUUGGCCCGCGUUAUUCCAACGCCGGUCCAGGAUGCGGAGCUGUUCACCCUGAGUGGGCUCCAUGACCCUGAGUACUUUGGCCGGCCAAAGGAAAGCGCCCCCUGCCAGCACCUGCAGCCUCGGUGGCCCCGACAUGAUCCCCUACUUCUCUGCCAAUGCGGUCAUCUCGCAGAACGCCAUCAACCAGCUCAUCAGCGAGAGCUUUUUAACCGUCAAAGGUGCUGCCCUUUUUCUACCACGGGGGAAUGGCUCGUCUACACCAAGAAUCAGCCACAGACGCAACAAGCAUGCAGGAGAUCUCCAACAGCAUCUUCAAGCAAUGUUCAUAUUACUCCGCCCAGAAGACAACAUAAGGCUGGCUGUAAGACUGGAAAGUACGUACCAAAAUCGAACACGCUAUAUGGUCGUGGUUUCAACUAAUGGUAGACAAGACACUGAAGAAAGCAUUGUCCUAGGAAUGGAUUUUUCUUCUAAUGACAGCACUUGUACCAUGGGCUUAGUCUUGCCUCUCUGGAGUGACACCCUGAUUCAUUUGGAUGGUGAUGGUGGGUUCAGCGUGUCAACAGAUAACAGAAUUCACAUAUUCAAGCCUGUGUCUGUGCAAGCAAUGUGGUCUGCACUGCAGAGUUUGCACAAGGCUUGUGAAGUGGCCAGAAUGCACAACUACUACCCAGGCAGCCUUUUCCUCACUUGGGUGAGUUACUACGAGAGCCAUAUUAACUCAGAUCAGUCCUCAGUCAACGAGUGGAACGCUAUGCAGGAUGUGCAGUCUCAUCGGCCUGACUCUCCAGCUCUCUUCACAGACAUACCAACUGAACGUGAACGAACCGAAAGGCUUAUUAAAACCAAAUUAAGGGAGAUUAUGAUGCAAAAGGAUUUGGAGAAUAUCACAUCCAAAGAGAUACGGACAGAGUUGGAAAUGCAGAUGGUGUGCAACUUGCGCGAAUUCAAGGAAUUCAUAGAUAAUGAAAUGAUAGUGAUCCUCGGUCAAAUGGACAGUCCUACACAGAUAUUCGACCACGUAUUCCUGGGCUCAGAAUGGAAUGCCUCGAACUUAGAGGACCUACAGAACAGAGGGGUGCGAUAUAUCUUGAAUGUCACUCGAGAGAUAGACAACUUCUUCCCUGGAGUCUUUGAGUAUCAUAACAUCCGAGUAUAUGACGAAGAGGCAACGGACCUCCUGGCUUACUGGAAUGACACUUACAAAUUCAUCUCUAAAGCAAAGAAACAUGGAUCUAAGUGCCUUGUGCACUGCAAAAUGGGGGUGAGCCGCUCGGCCUCUACUGUCAUCGCCUACGCAAUGAAGGAGUACGGCUGGAACCUGGACCGAGCCUAUGACUAUGUGAAGGAAAGGCGAACAGUGACCAAGCCCAACCCCAGCUUCAUGAGGCAGCUGGAGGAGUACCAAGGGAUCCUGCUGGCAAGCAAACAGCGGCACAACAAGCUCUGGCGCUCUCACUCAGAUAGCGACCUCUCAGACCACCACGAGCCCAUCUGCAAGCCUGGGCUGGAGCUCAGCAAGAAAGAGAUGACCACGUCAGCAGACCAGAUCGCUGAGGUGAAGACUGUGGAGAACCUCGCAGCCAUGCCUCCUGUCUUUGUGGAACACGUGGUUCCGCAGGAUGCAAAUCCGAAAGGGCUGCACACCAAAGACAGGGUCAUCUGCUUGCAGUUUUCCUCACAGGAGCUUCACGCUGGACACAUAGAAGACGAACUAAACUUAAACGACGUCAAUGGGUGCUCCUCAGGGUGCUGUCUCAGUGAGUCGGAAUUCCCCCUUGACAACUGCCAUGCAUCUCAGGCCUUAACCCAGCCCGGACAGGCCCCAGGAAUGGCCAACACCUUCCCAGACUUAGCAGUGGAAGAUCUGGAGACAGACGCGCUGAAAGCCGACAUGCAUGUCCACUUACUGCCGAUGGAAGAGCUGACAUCUCGCCUGAAAGACCUCCCCAUGUCGCCCGAUCUGGAGUCACCAAGCCCCCAACCCAGUUGCCAACCUGCCAUCUCCGAUUUCAGUUCAGAUCGUAUUGAUUUUUUUAGUGCCCUCGAGAAAUUUGUAGAACUUUCUCAAGAAACCCGGGCUCGAUCUUUUUCCCAUUCAAGGACAGAAGAGCUAGGUGGAGGAAGGAGUGAGGCUUGUCGCCUGUCAGCGAUGGAAGUGGCUCCUUCAGAAAUGGCAGCCGAUGACCAGGGAAGCAGCUCCCUGAGCAACACUCCCCAUGCAUCUGAGGACUCCUCAGUGGGUGAGGACCAGUCCAAGGCAGUCUCAGAACUUGUCAGCCCAGACAUCACCAUGCAGUCCCACUCAGAAAACGCAAUUUCAGUCAAAGAAAUUGUCACUGAAAUUGAGGCCAUUAGGCAAGGAGUUGGGCAGGCUCAGUUAAAAGGAGAUAUCCUCUCUAACCCAUGCCAGACACCAAAGAAGAGCACCGCCCACGAGCUGCCCCUGGAGCGGGCACAAGCCCCGGAGAGCAAGCCUGGGCACUUGGAACAGGAGGAGAGUUUCUAUGUUGCCCAGCCCGAACUAGCCAAAGACUCCGGGAAGUGUGACCCAGAGGGCUGCCUGACCACACACUCAGCCACAGUAGACGUGGAAGAAGAGGAUCCAGCUGAGGGAGAGCAUGACUGGGGCCCCGGGGUGCACCCCGGUGCCCAGUGGUGCCCUGGCUCUGUGAGGCGAGCCACCCUGGAGUUUGAAGAGCGCUUGCGGCAGGAGCAGGAGCACCAUGGCGCUGCCUCUGCAGGUCCCACGUUAUCCAACCGCAAAAACUCUAAGAACGAUUCCUCUGUAGCAGACCUAAUGCCAAAAUGGAAAAGUGAUGAAACCACCCCAGACCACUCAUCUCCCCUCAAAGAAGCAGAGAUGAGCAGGGGCAAAGGGAAAUGCAGUGGGUCUGAUGCUGGACCACUGUCCCACUGCGAGCCCGACGCCACUGCUCCAGCCCCUGAGCUGCUGGAGGAUCCUCCCGUGCCAGCUCCUCAGGGCUGCUUAGGGUCAGAUGCUAGAGCUAAGACACGGGAUGGAGACCUGAAGAGGCAGAGGACUGUGAUUCCAAACCAGGGAUGCGAGACACAGGCCAUGCCUCCUCCCCUCCCCAAGAGAAUAGAAGUCAUUGAGUACACACACACAGUCACAUCACCUGAUCACACUGAGCCAGGAGGUGGAGCAGCACCCAACACAGAGGGUGAGAAACAAGGACAGAGGAAGGUGAAGACAGAGCGGUCUAUCACUAUGUUUUGUGCUCUGGAUGAAAAUCUCAACAGGACUCUGGACCCUAGCCAGGUUCCUCUGCAUCCCCAAAUGCUACCUCUGCCCCACUCUUCCUCUGAGUAUUACAGGCCCACGGACCCAAGCCCUGUGCUAAGUAGGCCUGAAGACAAAGGGAACAGCCCAUGCACACCCUUGGAGACAGCAGCAUCUUUGGUCAGUUGCAGUACCCACGUAGCAUCUGUCAGCUUGGAUUACUUGCAUCCUCAGUCUGUGGUUCAGCUGGAAGGCUGCACAGAGCAGAGCAGCACCACAGACAGCGAGCCUUCUACAGAGCGGGUUAGCUGGGAGGACAGGCAGGGGAGCUUCCUUUCCAGUGCCAGUGGGGUGGCACACACCUCCUCUCAGCUACAUAAUGAAGACCUAAGUUUAAGUAACAAACUUGGUGACAAUAUUGGCAUGUUAAAGCAAAAACUGGACCCAUCACCCAAAGCCUAUCCAGUCACACAUAGCUCUAGUAGUGAACGCAUAAAAGAGCUCAGCCACAGCCCUGGUGUGGUGAAAGAGAGCUCUAAAGAGAGUGAGUCUCCAGUGAGCCUCCAGGCAGGGCUCUCCAAAACACCACAAAUGAGGCGCUCGGCUUCUCUUGCCAAGUUGGGUUACCUGGACCUUUGUAAAGACUACUUACCAGAGAGAGAGCUUGUCUCCUCACAAUCCCCUCAUCUCAAAUUGCUUCAGCCCUUCAUCAGAACCGACUCCGGCAUGCAUGCCUUGAUGGCCCAGGAACACUCAGAAAGCCCAGGUGCCCACCAGAACCCACAGCCCACCAAGUAUUUUGUAGAGCAACUCAAAACAACAGAGUGUAUUGUGCAGAGCAAGCCAGUGGAGAGGCCCCUUGUGCAGUAUGCCAAAGAAUUUGGUUACAGUCAGCAGUGUUUGCUCCCGAAGGCAAGACCGGAAUUGACUAGUUCUGAAGGAGGCCUUCCUCUGCUACAGACAGAGGGACUGCAGUGUGCAGGCCCAACUCCAGGGCUGGCCGUGGCACCCCGUCAGCAACAUGGCAGAACUCACCCACUUAGGAGACUAAAGAGAGCAAAUGAGAAAAAACGGACAACCAACCCCUUCUAUAAUACCAUGUGAUUCUGAGCCUAUACACAUGAUUUUCUAAGAAAAAUGUUUGUUAAAGGGGCGGUGUAAUAUGUAAGGAACAUGCACUUUAUUGGUUAAUUUUAUAAUAUUUUGGUCAUUUUACUGUUCCUGGCUCAUGCAGGGUUUGGGUUUUCCCGUGUGUGUGUGUGUGUGUGUGUGUGUGUGUGUGUGUGUGUGUGUGUGUGUGUAUACACAGAUUUGGAUGGCAAGAUCAUUUUAUCAUUUUUUUUUAUUUUUUAAAAAUUCAAACCUCAAAAAAAUUUUUUUCAAAGAGCACCUUUAUCAAAGGCAAGUUGCUGUUUUUCAAUCAACUGCCACCUGUCUCGUUCUCAUUUUGCCCUAGGAGAGAAGACACACCUGCUUGGUUGAGGGAGAGAAACAGAUGGGUAGGUGGCUGUCAAGCUGGGAACUAGAAAGCUCACCCAGUCCCGAGGAG